AUGCCAGAUACACUUCCUAAAGCUGCUCUCUAUUAUUCCCCCUUAUCAGUAUGGUCAGCUGUAGCCCUCAUGACCUUUGAAGAGAAGGGUUAUGCUAAAGAUGAAGUCGAUUUACGUGUAGUUGAUCUUGCCAAAGGAGAGAAUUAUAACACAAGCUUCCUUCGCCUCAAUUUCAAAGCGACUGUCCCCACUCUCGUCGUUCCACUAGCUGAUACCCUUGCCGAUCAAGCCCAUUGUCGAUAUAAAGCCCUCACAGAAACGAAGGUAUGGCCGUACUUUAUUUCGAAGCUUGUGAUGGUAUACCAAAUUAUGCUCAAGGAAAUCGUUGAAUUCUUGGACAAGUCAAGAUCGGCCCUCUCACACACUCACACAACAUCUUCUGCCCCAGCGCCGUCCCUUACGCCAGCCACCAUCGCUGCCUCAACAAUUUGCAGUGUCAUCAUCGACAUCUUGCAUUCAGAGGAGGCAAAUCCCAACCACUUGCGCUACGUUAACGCGCGUGAUGAACAAUCGCUAGUCCUUUUGGCAAAGGAAGUUAUCCCGUCAUUGAAAGGAAAGCAAGAACUUUUGAGCAGUAGCCUGUCACGUUCCGCAGCGAAAGAAAUUAUUGUUUCCGAGAGAGUAAAAAUCUUGUGGAAGGAGAAGCUCGAUGCUACAGAACUGCUCCUCGAGGUUCUUGAAAAUGCGGAAAAGGCGACGGCUGAUCUUGACGAAAAGGCGAAAGCUGAUCGUAAAGAGUUCUUCAAGAUAGCUCAAGACGCAUGGGGUGCGCAUCUCAAAGAGGUUCUUCUGACGAUCAGCAAGGAGAUGGUAGGGCUGUAUACCCUUGCUGAUCAAUAUUCGAUCGCGGACUUGCACCUUGCUGGUUGGCUGACGAGGGUCGUGAAACUGAGUGGUGGCACUCCAGAGGACGAUGGCAGAACGAUUGUCAAAAAACUGGAGGAGCAUAUUGGUGAUGGGUUCGCUUUGCCGAAAGAACAUGUCAAGGACGUUGCACGUCGAGAGCGCCUCGGGCAUGACCGUGAAGCGAAAUUGGAGGCGUUUUGGGACGCUGUGAAAGAAAGGGAAAGCUGGAAAAAGGUAUAUCAAGGCGGACUGUUCUGA